AUGCCCAACCGAAUUCGUGACCUGUACAAGGUUGACUCCACCUCUUUUCCUUACCUAUAUGAAGAAAAUGUCACCAUUACGCUUAAGAGCUUACAAGGGCUCGUCCGAUGCAACAUCUACCGGCCCAAGAGUGAGAACAAGGUGCCCGUGUUAGUGACAUAUGGUCCAUAUGGAAAGGAUAUCCCUUACGAACACUUUAGCGCCAAAUCAUUCGCAGACAUUAACCCUAAACACAAGUCUGCACAUUCCUCAUGGGAAACACCUGACCCGGCAUUCUGGACGGCCCAUGGUUAUGCAGUGCUACGAGCCGAUGAAGUUGGCAGUGGUCAGUCUCCUGGUGUCCUAGAUACCAUGUCCAAGUCCACCACGGAUGCCUUUGUGGAUGUCAUUGAAUGGGCGGCCGAGCAGACAUGGAGUAACGGAAAGGUAGGCCUGGUCGGCAUCAGCUAUUUUGGUGGAAGCCAAUGGAGAGUCGCAGCUCGCCAGCCAAAAGGUCUAGCAGCCAUGAUUCCAUGUGACGGGAUGGCCGAUUACUACCGUGACCGUUGUCGACAUGGUGGGAUUCUCACCGGGUUUCUGAAAUGGUGGUUUAGCAACUCUGUGGCCAAUACAAUCGAGGGUGAUUUAGACGCUAACGAAUUGGCUGAGAAUUUGCGCGACCAGGCGGUGGAUAACAGUCAACAUUUCUUCCGCGACGAUCCCUAUUACGCAUCGCGGGAUUAUAAUUUGGAAGAUAUAGUCACUCCGUUGCUCUCUCUUGGGAAUUGGGGGAGUAUCAUGAUUCAUUUGCGUGGUAAUUACGAAGGAUUCAGGCUUGCGAGCUCAGAAAAGAAGUUUCUCCGUAUGAAUGUCGGACGACAUGAUGUCCCAUUUUACGAAGAUGAAACAGUACAAGUACAGCUCAGCUUCUUGGAUGCUUUCCUCAAGGGACAAGAUAAAGGUGGCUGGAUAGAUGGUACUAGGCCCCCUGUUGACCUGAUUCUGCGCAGAGGUAACGUGGGAGUCAAUAAUCCGGAAGCUGAAAAGGCAUUUCAACGAAGAUUCGAGACUGAGUGGCCAUUGGCUAGAACGCAGUAUACAAAGUACUAUCUGACGCCAGAAGGAAAUCUCAUCACGACUAUUCCUAGUAUACACUACAACAGAUUGUCGUAUCCAGCUCUUGGAAACGUGGAAGAUCCUCAGUUUGUUCACUUUUCAAGCUAUCCAUUUUCUCAAGAUACAGAGAUCACGGGGUAUAUUACGGCCCACCUCAAUAUCUCUGUUACGCCUCUUUCGGGUGGCCCAGUCCCAACAGAUAUCGACCUCUUUUUGACACUACGGCACUUUGGUCCCAAUGGCAAGGAGAUCCACUACACUGGCAUCACUGGCGAGCCGGUGCCAUUGUGCAAAGGUUGGCAGCGGGUAAGUCUUCGCAAGGUUAAUGACAAGCACCCACGACACAGAGAAUGGCUUCCAUAUAGAGAUUAUAUCUCGUCGGAUGUUUUGACCGUCAUUCCAGGCGAGGUGUAUCCCGUGGAUGUUGAGGUUUGGGCCACCACUGUGAUGGUUGAGAAGGGUGAGUACCUUGUUUUUGAGGUCAGCAGUGGCGAUACUCAGGGAGGAGGUCUAUUCAACCAUGACUUGAAUGAGAGGUCCUAUGAGAGGUUUGCUGGAAACAACCAUAUUCAUUUUAGCUCUGAGUUUAUAAACUCUAUUACCCUGCCAGUUAUUCCCUAA